UGAACUGCAACAAUGGUCCAGAAAGUUGUUGGCUCUCUGCCUGAUCUUUAGGUUGGAGUAAAAGUAAAAUCGUUGAUUGAAAGUCACUGUAUGUUUAACCCAAAACAUGUAUUAUAUUCCCUCGAAGCGAAAGCUGACACAGACAUACACUGGGGUUUCUGAGUACUAUUCCCCACAUGGCCACAAACUUGCAGGUUCCACCAUGUUCUUCUGCUCCCUCUCUCAAGCUAUGAUCUAUCUCUCUUUCUCUCUCUCUCUUUCUCAGAUCAACACCAUAGAACAACACUACCAUGAGAACUCAGCAGCCUAAGCUUAAGACCCAGCUCUUCUCUUGUGGGUUCUUCGGCCACUGUACCGGAACAGUCCUCAGCCCCACCACUCCUCAUCCUCCACCUCUCCCUUUCUCCUCCACCGAUCCUCCACCACCACCCCCUUCAUUGUCACUCCCCUCUGCUUCAUCACAGUUCGACCCGGUAACCCACCACCAGUCGAAGCCCGAAUCCGAGUCAUCUUCCUCCUCUACCUCACAGAGCUUUACCCAGUGGAAGUUCACCCUCCCAGAGUCUCCUAUUCUCCCCUACCCACAACCCGGAUCCGACCAGGGUUUUGAUCCUGUGUCCAGUUUUCGGUCCAGCCCACCACCACCGCCUCCGCCGCCCAUGUCCUCCACCGGUCUCCAAGAACUCUUCCAUGCAGCGGAGCUCCAGCUCAGCAUUGGGUCAUUUCCGGAGCAGCUGGCAGCGCUCCACCUCCUGGAACGGUCUCUGGUUCCCUACCCGCCAUCCGACCCGGAGUGCCCGCCCGAAUUGAUGCGCGGGUUGGUGCGAAAUUUGAAAAACAAAGCGGGGGCAAAACCGGCAACCAAAGUGUUGUUGGCGCUCUGUUUGGCGGAGGCUAACCGCCACGUGGCGGUUGAGGCCGGGGCAGCGUCUGCGGUGGUGGAGACGGCGCUGGAGCUGGAGGAUACAGCGGCGGAGCGGGCCCUGGCGGCUUUGGAGCUAAUGUGCACUGUGGCGGAGGGCGCGGCGGAGGUGAGGGCCCACGCGCUGGCGGUGCCGGUGAUGGUGAUGAUGAUGGGCCGGACUUCAGCUCGGGGGAAGGAGUACGCGAUAGGUGUGCUGGCGGUUAUAUACGGUGGCGCGUCGGAAGGUGAGCCAGCGGAAGCGGUAUUGGCAGCUCCGGCGGAGGAGGUGGCGCGUGCAGUGGAGUUGGCGUUGAAAGGGGAUUGUAGUGGUAGGGGAAGGAGGAAAGGGGCCCAAUUAUUGAGGACGCUUCAACCAGAAGAAGAGAAAGAGACUUGAGUUAUGAUUCGUUUAGAAGUUACUAGUUUGCUUGUAAAUUAUGGUUUGGAUUGGAUAUUUUCCCCUCUUUUACUAUUAAAAUUGAGCAUCUGGUAAAUCUUGUCCGCCAUGAAAGUA